UCAAAUAAAUAAAUAAAUGUGAAGCAGGGUUCGGUCCUGGGACUUUGUGGCUGAAAUUCGGACGCCUUCUCAUAUGAUAUCUCCCUUUACGCUUAAAGUUGGUCCUUGCUAAGGAUAAACAGUUGUCUGAAGAUGGUUGCAACAGAUGGUCACCGUUGUCUUUUCGUCGAGCUGGGACACUGGAAAACCCACUUGUCUUUCACUUUGGUUAUGAAUAUGGUUAUCAAGUCUCAACUAUUUCCGAAACGUUUUUCUGGCUUGUGCUCUAUAUCAUAUCAGUGUCUAAGCCGAAAUGGGCCUAUGUCUUAUCACUGUUUACUACAUAGUAUACAUACAUGUAUGAGUAGAUGGAUGAACUACCUGCUAUUCAGUUAUCCGAUCUGAAUGAAUUUAUAACAUGUAAAUUAUGUAAAGGUUAUUUAAUUGAUGCUGUUUCGAUAACUGAAUGUCUUCACCCAUUCUGUAAAUCUUGUAUAGUUAAGUAUUCAGAAGAAAAACGCGAAUGUCCUGUUUGCGGGAUUCUCAUCCAUCAAAGUCACCCAUUAAAUUAUAUGAGUUUUGAUCGUACUCUUCAAGAUAUUGUUUAUAAAGUUGUACCAGAUUUAAAACAAAAAGAGAGACAACGUCGUGAGGUCUUCUAUAGAUCUCUUGGAAAAACUCCACCUCCCUCAGAAGACUUGGGCAAAGAAACUCAUGUAAUAGUCAGUAAAGAGAAUAUCACAGGUGCAGUUCCAUCUGAUUCUGACGGAUUAACUUCCAAUUUUGAUUCGGAUUAUCAUCGUAAAGAUGAACAAGUCAAUAUACAACUUGAACCGGGAUCCGAUAAUCUGGAACCAUUAACUGAGAAAUAUUUACGACUUUCAUCGAGGGCUACAGUGACACACUUACGAAAAUAUGUUGCCCAACAAGUUCUUCAUGAUAUAUCUAAGUUUCAUGAAAUUGAUAUUUUUAUACAAAAUAAUGAAGAUGGUACUUUUCUUGGUCGCGAUCAUGUAUUGAAAUUUGUUCGUGUUGUUUAUUGGAAUGAUGUCGAACCGAUGCCACUGCAAUAUCGUUACAGCAGAAUGAUUUACUAAAAUGAAUUAAGUUACCUUUAUUUCUAUCUUUCAAAAAAAAUUAUUUUCCUUUUUUGUUUUUUUUCGUUUCUUUUUUAAAUUCAUAUUUACCACUGUGUUGAUUUUAUUUCCAUGUCCUUCAUCGAUAGAUAACACUAUGAUAUAUGUACAACAACCACAGUAUUACAGUAGAUUAUGUGGAAAAAACAACACCAUCGUAUAAUUGAUUUUUUAUUUGUUUGUUUUACUCUUUAUUGUUUCCAUCUGUACGUAAAACAAACAAAAAAAGAAGUCCGCAAAUCUAUUGCAGUUAAUUGUAAAUUAUAGGUUUAAUAAUAAGUAAUUUUGUCAUCUUUAUUGUAUAUGUAUAUAUUAUACAUAACAUGACGUAUUCUUUUUUUUACACUGUGAAUAAUAAUUUUUACAAUUUGUAAUUUAUAAUAAAUGCCUUUUAUUAUACGCGUUGUUAAUGAAGAAGAAACUU